AUGGCCUUGUGGGAGGGGCUUCUAAGCCCCGAUCAGGCCCAUAUAAGGCCAAGUGGGCGUGGCCUAACCCCCCCCCCCCCCCCCCCCCCCCCCCAGGCCUCCCUGGUGGGCGCCCUGCGCCAGGCCCCGCCCCCCGCCCCCCGCCGGCCCCGCCCCCGCUGCCUGGUGGCCUAUCACUUCGCGGGGGCGCGGCCCGACCAGGCCGACGCCCGGGUGGCCCUGGCCCACCUCUGCGCCCAAUUGGCCCGCCUGCGAGGCCACGCCCCCCCGGAAGACCCCGCCCACCCGGAAGGCCCGCGUGACCACGCCCACCUCGCCGACCACGCCACCUACAGGUCGCUGAGGCUCCGCCUCCUCUCCCUCCUGGCCACGCCCCCCCGCGGGUUCCGCCUCGUCCUAUUGGUCGACGACCCCGCGGCCCUGCACGAGGGCGGCGUGCCGCGACGUGAUUGGCUGCCCGCCAGCCUGCCGCCGCGGGUGACCCUGGUGCUGAGCGCGGCCCCGCCCCGCCCAGGCCACGCCCCCUUCGCGGUGGGCGGGGCCUGGCACCACCUGACCCUGGGGCCGCUGCCCCCCGGCGACCGCGCCCGGCUGCUGGAGGCGGAGCUUCGAAGGAUGGGGCGGAGCCUGGAGCCCGACCAGGUCCGGCGGGUGCUGGCCAAGGGCGGGUCCCGGCAGCCGAUCUACCUCAAGCUCCUAUUGGCCGAGCUCUGCGCCUUCGCCCGCCAUGACGACGUGACGCAGGCGCUGGCCUCGGCCCCGCCCACUCUGCCGGGGCUGCUGGGCCGCAUCCUGCAGCGCCUGGAGGAGCGACACGGCCCCGCCCUCGCCCUCUCAUUGGCCGCCCUCGACGCCGCCCCCCACGGCCUGGGGGAGGGGCAGCUGCUGGCCGUGCUGGGGGCGGGGCAGCGAGUGGGCGGGGCCAGCCCCACGUGGGCGGAGUCAGUGGCGGCCGCCGGCCCCGCCCCCUGCCCCGCCCCCCACUGGGCCCUCCUCCGCGACCUGCGCUGGCUCCUCGAGGCCUGCGGCGCCCCAUUGGCCGCCCCGGGGGCCCGCCUCCACCUGGCCGGCUCCCCAUUGGCCGAGGCCGCCCGGGCCCACCUGGGGGCGGGGCCUCGGCGUCACUUCCGGGGCCACGCCCACGCCACGCCCCAGCUGGCCCGGAUGCUAUUGGCCGGUAAGCGGCGGAGGGG